UUCCUUCCACGACGCGUUUGCGCUCCAAAUGCGAAAACACGUCGACAUGGCGAAACGCUCCGAACGUGAAAUUGGCUUGAAUUUGUCCUCUUUCGGCUGCUUGAGUUGGUCGUCGGCGGCUGUGACGUCGGCAGCGUCCCCCUCUCCCAGCUUCCGCGAAGGCGGCGCCGGCACGCGCGCGCGCGCACGCGUGGGUUCGCCGGUGCCGUGUCGGCGGGACUUUCCUAUAAAACAGCGCAGACACGAGAAAAGCCCACGACACGGAACGCGUCCACGCCGCUCACCGACACCGACGCCGACGUCAUGUCCAGAACCGACGAAGUCCACCGGAUCACGGAGAACGUCUACAAGGGGAGGUCCUGUUCCAGAUGGCCGAAGUGCACAGACGCAUCCAGGUCCAGCUGGAGGAGAUGCUGAAGUCGUUCCACAACGAGCUGCUGACGGAGCUGGAGAAGAAAGUGCAGAUGGACGCUCGCUACCUCAACGCGGCGCUCAAGAAGUACCGGACGGAGCACAAGAGCAAAGGCGAGAGUCUGGAGAAGUGUCAGAACGAGCUGAAGAAGCUCCGACGCAAAAGUCAGAGCGGCAAAACGCUCGACAGGCACGGCGAGCGGCAAACGCAGCUCUCUUGCCCCCAAGUCGACCCCUGACCUCCGAGCAGGACGCGAUUGCGGAGCGGCCUCCCAAACCGGAUGGCGGCCAUGACGGAGCCCGGCGCCAAAACCCUGCCCGGACCUCCGCAGCCGGCGGCGCUCAGAAGCAGCGGCGGCCCGCAGAGGCUGACAGGAGUCGGCGCGGCGGCCGGCGACGGCGGCGAGCGCUACCGACGGCGGCCCGAGUCCAAAGCGGCGGCCGUGCCCCGGGGCGAGGCGUCGUACUCCAACACGUUGCCCGUACGCAAGGCGGCGCCCGCCAAGAGCAGGACCUCGCUGGCAUCGCCCGGCACCCUGCCCCGCUCCAGCUCGAUGGCGGCGGGCCUGGAGAGGAACGGGCGCGGCGGCGGCAGCGCGCGUGUGCAGGCGCUCUUCUCGCACGCGGCCGGCGACAACGGCACGCUGCUGAGCUUCAAGCAAGGCGACCUGGUGACGCUGCUGGUGCCCGAGGCCAGAGACGGCUGGCACUACGGCGAGAACGAGGAGACGCGCAUGCGAGGCUGGUUUCCCUUCUCGUACACGCGCGUCAUCGCGGAGGCCGACGGAGACUCCGCCGGGCGACUUCCGCCGCACACGCUCCAUCCCGGGAAGAGCAGCAGCACGGGAAACCUCCUGGACAGAGACGACGCCGCCGCCGCCGCCGCCAACUACCGCAGCCUGGCCCGCGCCAGACAAGCGCACUCCUACGCCGUCGCCGUGCCGGCGGGCUUCUCGCAGGGAGCAGUGGAAGAAUACGAUCCGGCCCGUUUCACCAGCAGUGCUUCAGAAGUCAAACUAAUUUCUACAGUGUGAGGACGGACGGACGGACGGACGGACGGACGGACGGACGGACGGACGGAUUCGAUCCCCCUCUGCAAAUUGACAACAGGAACAGGAAGUGUCCCCACCAGGAAGAGGAAGCGGCGGUCGGUCCGUUCUCCGUGUAAACUGGUGCAAAAGUAUCUCCUGUACACACACUGAAUGUCAUAAUCAGAACAAUAAUCAUCAUAAUAAUAAUAUAUUUGCUGAUGUACAUGCUGAGUGUGUGUGUGUGUGUGAUAUAUACACACACACACACACACACAAAACCUGAAUUUCCUUAUUUGUCUUGUGUGAGCACUUUAUAUAAAGCUUUGGACUUUUUUAUUAUUAUUAAUGUUUUUUUUUUCGUUGAGGAUAUUCCCACACUGUGAUGGAGGCUUCAAUAAUGACAUUAUUACAUAUACUUUUGUCAUUAUUAUAUUUAGCUAUCAUGUAUAAUUACAUAUGUAUAUUUCAAUGAUAUCACUGACACGAUUAUGUAUAUUACAUAGUUAUUUACAUGAUUAUGUACAGUAUGUUUCUUAACAUGAUUACAUAUCGCUCCAUUAUGAUGUAUGACGCCGACUCAUUGUGAGUCUUGACACUCGGAUCCGCUAUUUCAGGCCCCAAAGGGUAACGGGCUGUUGUUUCAUUUGAAGUCUCAAACCAAUGAAAAUGGGGCACACGGACACCCUGGACACCCUGACAGCAAUUUCAACAAAUAUACCAAUAAAUUAGUCACAAGAAAAAGUUGA